ACACGGUCUUUUUAGAACCAAAAAAAAUGUGAAUGGACGUCAAUUUGCUAUUUUUAUAUUUGUAAUUUCUUCCUGUGCUAUCGCAAUAACAGUUAUCAUAGUUGAUAAGACUAUUUGACUUUAUUUUCUACGUAAGGAAGACUCGGACGAGCAAGGCUUCGUUCCCCAACUCCGUGGUCUUCCCGGGAGGAGUGACUGAGGCCGCGGAUGCGAGCGCCGACUGGUUGAGCCUCUUCAGCUCGUUCGGAUACACACAGCACGACUUCGAUGCUUUGCAUCACGCUGGUGGCGCAGUCCGGCCAAUUUUCCAACCUGAUCCGGUCCGAAGGCAUAUUGCGUUAAGAAUUACGGCCAUCAGAGAGACAUUUGAAGAGCUGGGACUACUUUUAUGCUGUCGAGAACACAAAAGCAAAAGAAAUAAUUUGUGGUCAAGUGCUAUCGCCGACAUUGAUAUAAAAGACUGGCAAGAUCGAGUUAGCAAAAAUCCAGAUGAGCUACUAAACCUGUGUAAAGAAUACAAUUGCUAUCCAGACAUCUGGGCCUUACACUAUUGGAGCAAUUGGCUGUCACCGGUGCACCUCCCCAAAAGAUUCAACACAGCAUUCUUCGUGGCUGCAUUUCAAAGUGAACCUCCAAAUAUAGAGAGCAACUCUGAAGUUAUCAGUGUCCAAUGGUCAAAUCCUGUAGAUGUUUUAGCUAGGAAUAAUAAUAAAGAAUUAGAGCUGUACCCUCCACAAGUCUACGAACUGAAUAGACUCAUACAUUUGACUGACAUAGAAGAAUUAAUAAAAUUCGCACAAAAAAGGAGCUGUCAUAGUAAUGCAGUUAUAUUCCCCGUCGUAAUUAAAGCGUCGGAUGGCAUACUUCAUCUUCUACCAGGAGAUGACCUGUACCCAACAAAUGUAGAUUACACAAACGGAAACGAUAAAACUAUUAAAGACAAUACAGUAUUAGACCUAAGAAACAGUAGUAAUAUUUUACAUAGAUUCGAAAUCAUUCACUCGGAGAGCAGAGGACAGUUCGUCAUUCAGAAGUACAAACCUUCGAACCAUAUCAACAUGGGUGACAAAACGAUCAGAGUUCAAAUGACCAUUCAUAAAAGUAAGUAGAGACAAGCCUUAACCGUCGGCCUUAUUAGGAGUACAAACAUAGGAACCGCAACAAUAAACAGUACAGGAAUCGUAGAGUCUUAGUUCAAAAUGGCGAGCUCCGGGCACUCGUGGCCCAACAGCCAGGACGACUACGAGCUACUUGAGGUGAUCGGCGUGGGCGCCACCGCCGUCGUGCACGCCGCCUACUGCGCGCCGCGCGCCGAGAAGUGCGCCAUCAAGCGCAUCAACCUCGAGAAGUGGAACACCUCCAUGGACGAGCUGCUCAAGGAGAUCCAGGCCAUGUCCAGCUGCAGCCACGAGAACGUCGUCACCUACUACACCAGCUUCGUGGUGCGCGAGGAGCUGUGGCUCGUGCUGCGCCUGCUCGAGGGCGGCAGCCUGCUCGACAUCAUCAAGCACAAGGUGCGCGCCGCCAACUGCAAGCACGGCGUGUUCGACGAGGCCACCAUCGCCACCGUGCUCAAGGAGGUGCUGCGCGGCCUCGAGUACUUCCACCAGAACGGACAGAUCCACCGCGACAUCAAGGCCGGCAACAUCCUGCUCGGCGACGACGGCACCGUGCAGAUCGCCGACUUCGGCGUGUCCGCCUGGCUCGCCACCGGCCGCGACCUGUCGCGCCAGAAGGUGCGCCACACCUUCGUCGGCACGCCCUGCUGGAUGGCGCCCGAGGUCAUGGAGCAGAACCACGGCUACGACUUCAAGGCCGACAUCUGGUCCUUCGGCAUCACCGCCAUCGAGAUGGCCACCGGCACCGCGCCCUACCACAAGUACCCGCCGAUGAAGGUGCUCAUGCUCACGCUGCAGAACGACCCGCCCACGCUCGACACCGGCGCCGAGGACAAGGACCAGUACAAGGCGUACGGCAAGACGUUCCGCAAGAUGAUCUCCGAGUGCCUGCAGAAGGACCCGGCCAAGCGGCCGACCGCGACCGAGCUGCUGAAGCACUCGUUCUUCAAGAAGGCCAAGGACCGCAAGUACCUCGUGCAGACGCUGGUCGCGAUCGGGCCGAGCAUGGAGACGCGCGUGCACAAGGCGAGCCGGCGGCAGCCCGGCGCGUCGGGCCGCCUGCACCGCAUGGAGACGGGCGAGUGGGUGUGGGAGAGCGACGAGGACGACGCCGAGGACGAGGGCUCGCCCGCCGACCGGCCGAUGAACACGCUGCCGCGCGCCGCGUCGUCGGACAGCGACGACGAGCCGCGCGCCGCCUUCAGCAUCGGGCCCGCGCCCGCGCCGCCGCCGCAGCUGGAGCUGGUGCUGCGCAUGCGCAACGCGCGCGGCGAGCUGAACGACAUCCGCUUCGAGUUCGCGGCCGGCAAGGACUCGGCGGACGGCAUCGCGGCCGAGCUGGUGGGCGCGGGGCUGCUGGAGGCGCGCGACGCGGGCGCGGUGGCGGCGCAGCUGGCGCGGCUGGUGGGCGCGGCGCUGGCGGGCGAGGGCACGCGUUGCGCCACGUUCCCGCUGGGCGCGCCCGCGCCGGCGCCCGACGAGGCCGGCCUGGUGGGCUUCGCGCAGCUCUCCAUCGUGGACUGAGCGCAAACCACCAGGGGGGGGGGGUCUAGUUUAUGAAAUGAGUAUAAUUAUUUUUACGAUUUUAUCCGUUAUCCUAUUUUCCGCUCGGUGCGUUGUGUCGGGCCGCGCGUGGCGCUCGAGUGCCAUACUUGGGACGUUGACGGGACCGAGUUUACAGUGUUCAUUUUACAUAAACGUGUAUGUCGCUCCGCAGAAUGUUCUUUUUACAUUGUUACUUGUUUGUUGCUUACUGAAGUUUUUUAAAAAUAAUUUAAUAAAACAUGAAAUUUAUUUUGGUAGAUUGUUUUAUUAAAAUCUCUAGUAAUCGUUUUAUGAAGUAGAAGCUAUUCGUCUUACAGAUUACGGUUGUUUAUGCUCGAAAUCUUAAGUACAAAUUAAUAUGUUUAAACCUAUGUUUUGUUCAAAUCUGUAGUCUAAAAGCACGAAUGAAAUGAACGAGUUUGAGAUUGACCUCGACCUGCAAAUUCAGUUUUUAUCUGGAUCCAGAAUUUGCAGCUCUCAUACAAAAUAAGUAUAGAUCACAUUUCACAGACUGACGUUUCCAGCGGCAACGCGAAUUAGAAAAGCAAUAGCGAUAUAAAAAUAAAUUUCAUUUGGUAUGAACUUAUGUUGGUCCUCGAGAAAAAGAAACGUUCUAUGCUACCAAAACUACAAUCAAGCUACUUUUAAUAUGUGCUUUGAAUUUGUAAAUUUUAAUCUACUUAAAUGAAUGCCUCUUGAGAAAAAAUAGUACAAUGUUACCAAUGUUCUACAAUAGGAUACAUGACACCAAUGUCUACUUAAUUACCGACACCUAUCUGUAUCAUAUAAAUGCAACAAAUGCGAAUUUGUACUAAAUAGUGCUGCUUCAAGACAAUAAUCACGUUUCGCGCUUCUGUUUAUUUUCUACAUCUCUAUCGACAAACGUUUGGUGUCAUGUACCCUUACUAUACAAUAGUCAGUGGA